AUGUCGGCCAACGAUACGCAGUUUUUCAAACAAUCCUUGAGGUCUGAGUACUGGAUCAACUUCAAUGUCGACAAGAGGUUCAGUCUUGCCGGAGUUGAUGAACCCGAGCUCGAUAGUAAGGACAAGGAACUGGUCCGGACAUGGGCAUCUACCAAGGGUGCAACCAAGACAGCCCCAGGCCAAACUCAAUCUUCGUCCCUAUACCGUCCCAUACUCGAUCCUUUCGAGAUUCGCGUGCUCGAGAUCUUGCCAGGCACCGGCGAUGACAGAUUACGUGGCCGCCUUCGUCACUGCUCACUCGAACUCGAGGCAAGGUUUGCUCUCGCUGUCGAUGGAUCCGCCACGCCGAUAGUGUACACGGCGCUCAGCUACACAUGGGGCCCGAACGUGUUCGAUGAGGCAAUCGAGUGCGAAGGUCACGUCAAGAAUAUCACAAAGUCUCUCGCGGUUGCUUUGAGAGCUUUCCGUCAAGAGGAUCGCUCAGUUGUGAUGUGGAUAGACCAGAUCUGUAUCAACCAAGACGACAACGAAGAGAAGGCACAGCAGAUACCCUUGAUGUCGAGGAUCUAUCAGAAUGCUAUGAACACCGUCAUUUGGUUGGGUGAAUCAAGUUCGAAUUCUGCUUCCGCCAUCAAGUUGCUGGAAGACGUUAGGUUGCUCUUGCAGUUUACGGAGAAGACUAUUGGGCCGGACGAAUUCGAGGGGCUUAAUCUCCCCUCAGAAAGUUCGGAGGUUUGGAAAGCCCUGUGGGACUUUCUUUCGCGCCCGUGGUUCACGCGACUUUGGAUCAUUCAGGAAGUCAUCCUCUCCUUUGACUCUUGGGUCGUAUGCGGCAAUCAUAUGGCUACGUGGGACGUCUUGUCAUUGGCCUGUCUACAUCUCUGGACCUGUGGCAUCUCGAGAUGGCUAGGGGAGAAGUUCAAUUCUGGGAGCCGCGCACUUGCCCAUCAGAGGGAUCUUUGUGAGUCGGUACAGCACCUCAGCAGCAUGAAGUCAAGCUACCACAGUACGGCCAUGCCGCUGUUCGAUCUAUUGAUAGAGUCCAGAGAAGCCAAGUGUUACGACAAUCGGGACAAGGUGUAUGGUCUACUUGGUGUCUGUCAAGAUCAGGACAGGUCUGCGAUUAGACCAAGCUACGCAGACGAAUUCCCCGUAACUCAUCUCUAUCGCGACAUAACGAUACGUCACCUGGAUAACAACAAAGGCAGCUUGAGACUCGGCGUGGUCCUUACCUGCGUAGACCAUGAGUCUAUCGAUCUGCCAUCGUGGGUACCAGACUGGAGAAAUCCCCGUCGAACACACUCAUUGGGACACUCUACUACUACGACAACACCGUACAUGGCAUGCGGUCAUCUUACGAUCGAAAUCGACAGAGUUCAUCCACCUUUGGAACGUAAAAACAAGGACGAACUGCGACUGCAUGGUGUUUCGGUUGACGCCAUCGCAAAAGUCAGUACCGUAUUUACGAAUCCAGAGCUGAGUCUCGAAGAUCCAUUCACUGCCAACGGAGACUUGAAAGACAUGUGCUCCUUUGUCGCAGAGCUACAAGAAUAUCCAGGCAACGAAACCGUCUUCUCCGCCUUCUGGCAGACACUAGUCGCCGGAAAAGAUGCUACCGAAAUGGCGAAGGCGCCGAUAGCCUAUGAGGAGAUUAUCUCCCUUCUCCUCGACGCAUCCACGGGGCUGUCCCCAUCGCUUCCAGGACAGACGUACUCUGCACGACAGAGUCGGCCGGCAGGCAAGGGGAAGCUAGAGCUAGCUAAUCUCAAGACACGCACAGCAGGAAAAACGUUUCAGGAUGAACAGGAGAAUCCCAUUAUACUCCCUUCGAUCGAGUUCUCUCCGGCUGUUAAGGUUGAGAGCUCUCCUCACGUUGUUCCCCUGUCUUCCUCUCCCCACAAUCCUCCGGCCGAGGCUUCUGCAAUCGACAACGCGCCAUCUGAGGCCUCUUCAGUCUUCGAUCAAUUGGCACAGGCUUCUUCAGUCAUUGCGCCUCCGAUUCAUUUCCAUCAUCCCGGCAUCCCCCCAGUCCGGGCUUUUGCUCCUCUGGACCAGAAUCCUCCCCUCAUAAACCCAGUGGACCGGACCCCUUCCGCUGCCAAUCUCCGCCCCGUCAUCGAAGCCCGGGCGUUGAAUCCUCCUACCGUGUUACCGCCGCUUCCUACUCGUCGUGGCAACGCACCUCCAACUCAACCCGGCCCUUCUAUUCCUCAGAUAGCCGAUCCGUCUCACGUGGGCAACCCCCCUCCCCCCAAUCCCGGUCCAAGGGGCCGUUACAGCUUUCAAGGCCUGAUGGACAUCUGCCAGGGAAUGGAGGCAGAGAUCUUGUCAAAUGCCCUUGGCAACACGGAGGCCAGAGGCGACGAAGGAAGCUUCAAGACGCCGUUGGAAUACGCGGUCAUUCGCCGAAUCAAGACCACCAUGAUGGUGAAUCGACAUACCGCAGUCGCUGAAAAGACUCGUAUUGAGGACGACUUCAGAAAACUUUCAGGCCAAGAACAGAGCAGGCCGAUUAUGAAGAUGAGUGGGUCGCUCAAUGACAUGAUGAGGGGCUUUGACCGUUAG